AUGGGGCUCCAGAUCGAGCGACCAUUCGGGGGUCUUCCCGGGCCAGGGACGCCCAGACCCCCGACGUCGUGUUUCCUUCACGACGGCGGCCCCCAGAGCUCGGGACCCAGUUCCCCGGGACCGGUUUCUCCUCCCGCGUCGUUUUCUCGACGGCCCCGACGAGGCCCAGGAAGGGCUCCCGCAGGCCGAAAACAGCGAAAGGCUGCCCGUCUUGAUUUUCCUGCACAGCGCGAGGAGGUCUGGGCAAUGCUGGCCCCCCCACGGCAUCCGAGCGCGCCGCCAGCCAGCACCACCACCACGACCACCACGACGACCACCAAGAAGGUCGUGAAGGCGGGCUCCCCGCGCUCCGCAGGCGCGGGCGCGCUGGCGCUGCUGCUGGCGCUCGUGGCGGCUCGGGCGCCGCUCUGA